GUCAGUGGAGUGGCGAGAAGCGUUUCGAAGCGAUUGAAUUUUGUGUGCAUUAGUUGGAUUUUAUUUUCGUGUAAAUUCGAAAGAGAUCGUUUCCAGCAGGGAAUUUGGCACUGAUGAAAUCGGAAAUGUCCUCGGAGUAUUCGUUCUGCAGCGAGGGCGGUUUCGACGAGCUCUCAAGUUCGUCGGACUCGGGAUUCGACGUGAGUUUCGAGUCGCCGAAGCACGAUUUGAGCGGGGACACGCUCUUCGCCGUUGGGAAGGAAGAGAAGCGUAAAAAAUCGAGGAGCACGCGAUGCAAGAGUCCGACGCAGGUACUGAAAAUAAAAAGGAAUCGACGAAUAAAAGCGAACGAUCGUGAGCGUCACAGAAUGCACACGCUGAACGACGCCCUCGAGCGGCUGCGGAUGGCCCUGCCGACCUUUCCGGAGGACACGAAACUCACGAAAAUCGAGACUCUCCGUUUCGCCCACAACUACAUUUGGGCCCUUUCACAAACCCUUGGGAACAAGGAAAGUGGCGAAAUAACGGUGAACGUUGGUAACGUAACCGUCAGCAUAAGCGACAGUGGAAACAUGAUAACGUCGUCGACCGGAAGCUGCGCGGUCGCAGCUCAAAAGAGACUCGGGCCUGCUCACUCCGCGUUUCCUUAUCCUCAGGAACGAUUCAUGCCCGAAUGGCAAGAGUACGAUUGCUACAGCGACCAGAGCGUCAGCCCACCCAUUCAUCAACAAUAUCAAACUCCCUCCCCCAUCAGCUGCUACGACCAAAGAAUGUACGCGAACCACCACCACAAUCAUCACCAUCAUCAGCAUCCCUUGUCCCAGCAUCCGAUCGCAUCUCCGGCUCAUCUUCUCGGACAUCACAACAACAUGUACCAGUGCCUCCAGUGA